CGCCCCUCUUACUACAUAACAGCUUUAUUAUGCUUAUGAAACCGAGUGGGGAUGUUUAGGCAAGUUCUGUAUAAUUCACCAUUCAUCAGUUUAUACUUUGUCACUAAACAUGUCGAUAUACAGGAAUGCUGUCUGGUUGGUUAAAGGUCUUCAGGAGUACACAAAGAGUGGUUACGAAGCAGCAGCAAAGCAUUUUACCCCCGGGGAUCUAGAUGUGAAGGUUAGCGGGCGGUCCUUUGUGAUAACCGGGGCCAAUAGUGGGAUAGGUAAAAGAGCUGCUUUGGAGAUAGCAAACAGAGGCGGAACAGUUCACAUGGUGUGUCGUAACAAGGAGCGGGCAGAAGCAGCAAAGAAUGAGAUCAUUGAUCAGAGUAAAAAUCAGAAUGUACACGUACACAUAGUGGAUAUGUCCAGUGCUCUGCAAGUAUGGAAGUUUGCCCAGAACUUCAGCCAAGAAAACAGCGUAAAUGUGCUGAUCAACAAUGCAGGAUGCAUGGUGAACCAGCGCGAGUUGACCGACGAGGGCUUAGAGAAGAAUUUUGCCACUAAUGCACUAGGUACCUACAUCCUGACUACGGCGUUGAUUCCUGCACUGAAGAAGGCUGAGAAUCCCAGAGUGAUCACUGUGUCGUCUGGAGGAAUGCUGGUUCAAAAGCUGAACUUGGAUGAUCUUCAGUUUGAGAAGGGAACGUUCGACGGCACUAUGGCCUACGCCCAGAAUAAAAGACAGCAGGUGAUCCUGACAGAGAGAUGGGCAUCUCAACACAAAGAGAUCCACUUCUCCUCUAUGCACCCGGGCUGGGCUGACACACCAGCCGUCCAGUUGUCCAUGCCCGACUUCCACGCCAAGAUGCAGAACAAACUACGGACUGAAGCCAUGGGGGCGGACACCAUAGUGUGGCUCGCCGUCUCCGGGGCCGCCGGACAGCAGCCCAGCGGCCUCUUCUUCCAGGACCGUAAAGCCGUAGCCACGCACCUUCCCCUGGCCUGCUCACGGUGCACCCCACAGGAGGAAGAGAAGCUGCAGGCCACACUGGAGCAGCUCUGCAACAAGUUCAAACCCUGACCGUUCAGUCAGGGUUAGAUGUUUACGUAGCAAGAACUCCCAAUACAGCCAUUACAGUAUGACCUGAUGAACAAUAAUUAAUAGAAUGGAGUGGCCAAUAGGACUUAUGAUAAGCUAAAUGUAUUCCAUGCUUCCAACACCAAUUCUAAGAUUGGAUUUAUUUAUAUAAUUAUUUAACCAGUUAUGGGGAAAACCUAACAUACCUCAAAGUUCAGUGUCUUAACAAAUAGCUAAUGGUAAUGUUAAUACUUUUUUUACUUGCAAUUAUUGGUGGAUUAAAAAAAACUUUUCAAACUGGUGACUUUCAAUGGUCCGCGAUCCAGAAUGUCUGGGGUGAAUUAUCCAGUGAUUCUGAAUCCGGCGUAUUCAGUGUGGACUAUCAACAUUUGAAGAAUGACACAGCACUAGUGCAUACAUCAAGGCAAAGAUUUAUUCAGGAAGAGUGUUGUGAACCAUGACUCUAUGAAACAAAAUGCCUUGUUGAAUUUAGAAAUACAUAGUUGUACUAUGAUUUGAGACAUUAAUGCAUUUUUGUGAGCUCUUGUAAGGUGUUCCACUUGCUUCAUUACACCUUGAGCAGGGUGGUCAAGCUCACGAAGGGCCAUCGGCCGUUUCAAGUAUAAAUUUGAUAAAGAUGGACAUUAGAGAGUUACACAUAGCAGCAAUGCGUCACAAAUUACACAUUUUCAAUCCUUGAUUCAGUGCAUGAAUUUACGAUAUAUAUUACAACCUCCACAGCCAAACAGGUAAUCACGGAACACAAACAUGUUAAUUACAUUUGUAUGAGAGGUGAUGUAUGAACACGAUGAAAAAAGAGACAAUAAGCGAUAUGCAAUGAUAUGCAAAUAUCUCUGCAUGAGAUUUGACCAAACAAAACAUUUUACCACAAAACAACCACUGCGCUCUUUGUCCCCAAGUCCAGCCCCUAAAUAAGCAAGGCUCCCAAGAAACAUUUGGUUAAUUUCCAUGACAUAAUCUUCUCAUUUGAGCCUAAAUCCAAUGAUCGUUGGAUGGAAAGAUCAUGUUUUGUUGCUCUACAAGACUUCAUGUAAUUUG